AUGGAGGUUGUACGGUGGAUGGGACAGCUUUGCCACGCCCAUUUUGCCCAGCAUCUCGGAGACAAGGAGACAGUGAAUGCGCACGUUCUUCAGGCAGAAGUCACGCGCGAGGCGUUCUCGCUGUUGUUGAAGCUAGACGUUCCUGCCACCAACCAACGGGCAUCGCACAAAGCUGCAAAGCUGCUGCAAACAUGCCUGGCCGUAGCUCAGAUCAGCCGGAGUCCGGUCGAGCCGCUCAUUCGGUUCCUGCGUCACGUCGGUCUCCUGUGGCCUCUUCCAUCCCCUGUGGUCGUGCUCGACCUUGUGGUCGAAAUGUCCCUCUACUGGGGCAUUCCUGUAUGGGGCGCCUUUCGCGUCGACACUUUCAACCGAGACAUCCGUCACAGGCCACUCCUCGUCUUCGGCGAGGCGCGGGAGUUCGACGAGUGGCUCGAGCGGAAGCAUGCCAUGCUACAAACCGCGCAGUACGAACUGUACUUGUCUUCCUACUUGCGCCUCUUUGGCCUGCCUGCCGACCGCACGAACGACACCAUAGCAGCUAUCAAGUUUGCCGACAGCUUGGUCGAAGAAAACCUGGUUCCAUUUCUGGGCGGCGAAGCCGGCGACGACCUCAUACACAUGGGCGCCUUGACUGGCGGCUCAAACCUGACGGACGCUUUGAACCGACUAGCCUACUGGGUCAAAGAGAACUACACAGUAGGCGAUGUUCUCCGUGUGCAUAACAUUCAACUGCUAUCGGAGAUAUUGCGGCUCACGACGAUGACACCGGCGGACUUGCUCUCUCUGAGUUCCGGAUGGAGCGUGGCCCGACAGCUGGGCCAGUACGUGUCUCGCGACCUGGCCAUGGUACAGUACUUUGCAUUCGAGGCGGCUGAGGAGAGCCUGCAGCAGGACUGCUUUGAUUUCGUAUGGUCUUUCAUGUCUCUCAGUGUGGGCACACCUUACGUGGCACACAUGGCUUCUACGGAACUUCGUCAAAGUGUAGCCUCCCUCAUCAGGCACAUUCGGGACAGCCUCGAGAGCAGCGUCCGAGAGAGUUCCGUGCUGACGCGUGACCACCAGGAGAGCGCCAGUUUUCGCCUGCAUAGCAUGAAAACGGUGCUCUUCUGGCCCGAAGGCGUGAGAGGCGAACGUGACGUGAACAGGCUUUUUGGAGACGUGCCCGAUUUGCGGAUGCCUGUUUUUCUGGACAACUGGUUCCUUGCUCGACAAGCGACGCGGAACUUCAGCUUCUCCGCCAUGGCGGAGGUGUGCAUCUUUCCACCGAAAGCUCUAAGGCUGCGCCAUGUUCGCGACAGAGAUGUUUAGGGGCCGCUUGAUAGUAGAAGUGAAGAUGUGGA